AUGCCAUCCCAAGCACUCGAGACAGAUCAGGAUUUGCAGCUGUGGAAAGAGAUAGACGAUGCAUGUUCUGCUUACCUGUCCACAGAUCCUCAGACCCUGGCAUCCACUGCGCUGGAAGAACUUUGUUUUCUGGUCAUGGGAUUUCUCCAGAAACCACAGGUUUUAGAUGAAAAAGACAACACCAAAAGGUUCUUAUUUCAUUAUUCUAAGACUCAUGACUCAGGCAACUCAGACAUCAUGUCGUCUGUCCUGCACCCUUUGCUGCAACUCGUUCCCCAGCUCAAUGAGAGAAGACUGAAGAGAUACAAAGUGGACGAAGAACUUCAAGGACCUGGAGGGAUUCAAAGCAGAGGCUACUUUUUCUACAGGCCACGCAAUGGAAGGAGAUCAGUGGAUUUUCGCUAA